AUGUCUGCUGCUAGUCUCUCGUUUCUGAGUAGUGUGUGGAACCUUUUAAAUCCAAUAUCUUUAGUUCAGAUUUUGGGAGAUUGUUGGCGCUAUUGGUAUUGCAAGAUGCGACUUUUGAGACAUGUUUCUGUAAACUAUAAUGGAAUUGGUGUAGGAAUUGGUCUUAUUGUUACUGGUGUUGUUGGCCAUUAUAAAAUUUUGGACUAA